AGAAAUGCAGGCUGUCGAAGUUGCGACGAUCAAAAUCAAAGCUGGCUCGAACGUUUUCGAUAGAGGUAGCGAGGCAGCUCGUAUCUGGCGGGGUAUGCUGGACACCAUCUCAAGACAGAAAGGAUGUCAGACUCUCUACUCGGGGCAAGAACAUGAGAGCCCAAAUAUAGUACAACUACUUGUUGUAGUGUGGGACUCUGUCCAGUCACACAAGAAUUUCAUGGAUUCACCGCAAUAUCAACCAUUCCUAGACACUUUGAGCCCGCUUUUGGCAGGACAACCUCAACUUGUCCAUUUCGAACUCAAGAGCGCGGCCGAUGACCUGGCCGCAGCAGUGUUUGCUCCCGUGACUGAGCUGGCGACUAUCUUUCUGACAGAAAAGACACAGUCCUUUUACGAUAACGUGGGAUCAUUUGCCGAUAUCCUUAGAGAUCACACAGAAGGUUUCUUGGGCAUUUCCUACUCCUGGUGCAUUGAGGAUGUCGAGCACGAAUGCCUCGGCGAAGGCUUCAAGGGGAAGGCGUGUAUCCUUGCCAUUGGAUGGUCCAGCAUAGACGCUCAUUUGGCGUUCAAACAGACUGAUGCUUUCCGAAGAGGUCUCGAAUUCUUGAGAGGGGCGCGUGGAUCCGAAAUACACCACACAAUAUUCCAGACUACUGGCUAA